CCGAAGUGGGAGGGGAGAAGUCGGAGCCGAGAAGUCGUAGAGGGAAGGGGACGGGAAGAGGGUGGAAAGUGAAGGGCCCGGAGUGCCUCUCUGUCCCCGAUCUAACUCAGUUCUCGACUGCUCCGGGCCGGCGUGGUAUUGUGGGAUCGCGGCGCCUGGCGCGAGACGCUCGCCGCCGCAGGGGCGUCCACUCGAGAGCGCCUCCUGUCGUCCGUAAGGCUACCCUGCCAUCCCUCGGUCCCCCCAACUCCUCCCGCCCCCCCAUCCCCUCCUCCUCCAUCCUCCAGUUCAAAAUGGCGACGGCGGCGGCGGCGGCGGCGGCAGCGGCAGCAGCAGCGGCGAUGGCUCCUCCGGGCUGCCCGGGUUCGUGCCCCAACUUCGCCGUAGUCUGCUCCUUCUUGGAACGCUACGGGCCGCUGCUGGACCUGCCGGAGUUGCCGUUCCCAGAGCUGGAGCGGGUGCUGCAGGCGCCGCCGCCAGACAUCGGCAACGGAGAAGUACCAAGAGAGUUGGUGGAGCUGCAUUUGAAGCUAAUGAGGAAGAUUGGCAAAUCCGUUACAGCGGACAGAUGGGAAAAAUACUUGAUCAAGAUCUGCCAAGAGUUUAACAGUACCUGGGCAUGGGAGAUGGAGAAGAAAGGCUAUCUUGAAAUGAGUGUUGAAUGCAAACUAGCACUCCUAAAGUAUCUCUGUGAGUGUCAGUUUGAUGACAAUCUUAAAUUCAAGAAUAUAAUUAAUGAGGAGGAUGCUGAUACUAUGCGUCUCCAGCCAAUUGGGCGAGACAAAGAUGGCCUCAUGUAUUGGUACCAGUUGGAUCAAGACCAUAAUGUGAGAAUGUACAUAGAAGAACAAGAUGAUCAAGAUGGCUCUUCUUGGAAAUGCAUUGUCAGAAAUCGAAACGAGUUGGCUGAGACUCUUGCACUCCUGAAAGCACAAAUUGAUCCUGUCCUAUUGAAAACCUCUAGCCAACAGGAAGACUCUUCCCGGGAAAGCCCCACCCUAGAGGAUGAGGAGACCAAAAAAGAUGAAGAAACACCUAAACAAGAAGCAUCAAAAGAAAAGGAAAAGACAGGAGCUGAUGAGCGAUCAGUGGAUUCCGGAAAGUGCUCUGCAGCCAGCGCUCUAGAAGAACCAGCUGUGAAAACUGAGAAAGCAGAUGAAAAGGAGCUUGUAAAACUGCCAGUCAUUGUAAAGCUAGAAAAGCCUUUGCCAGAAACUGAGGAAAAAAAGAUUAUCAGUGAGGAAAGUGAUUCUUUCAAGGAAAAUGUCAAACCCAUUAAAGUAGAAGCAAAGGAAUGCAGAGCGGACCCAAAAGAUCUCAAAGGCAGCUUGGAGCGGCUGGGCUCGCAGGAGCCCGAGCGAGCCGACUUUGGUAGCAACAUCAAAUCUCAAGACAUCACAGAGAAAUCUACUGAGGAAACAGAGAAGCUUAAAAAUGAUCAGCAAGCCAAGAUACCACUGAAGAAACGUGAAAUUAAGCUGAGUGAUGAUUUUGACAGUGCAGUCAAAGGACCUUUGUGUAAGUCAGCUACUCCAACAAAAGAGCUUUUGAAAGAUGCCACAAAACAAGAGGAAGAGACUUGUACACGGGUCUCUACCAUCAGUGCUUUGAGUCAUGAAGGGAAACAACUUGUAAAUGGAGAGAUUAAUGAUGACAAGGUAAUUCCAAAUUUUAAGACAGAACAAAUGGAAAUACAGCUUUGUGAUACAAAGGAAGAUAAUGCUAGCAUCCCUGCUAAAGAUGGGAAUGCCUACAUGGAGGGAAAUGGUACGGAGUUCUUAAAUUCUGUCAUAACCAGCACAAAGACAAGUGAGCUUGAGAAAGAGGCCCCUCUAGGGAAGGGUAUAGAUAGCUCUGUACCUGACAUAGAGAGCCUCAGUCAGAAAGGAAGGUUAGAGGAGCCUGGGCUUCCGAACAUGGAAAUGCCUCUCGAACCUUCUGAGAAAGCCACGGAUGUCUCUUUAAAACCCACUUUGUCUGCCACGGAACCCUGCAGUAUGAAAGUUGAAGAGAAGGCCCCCAAAAGUAAGAGUGAGAACCACACCCCAGGCAUAGAAUGCCUGGAAAGGGUGGAGAAGGCCAAGAAGACCUCCAUUGAUAAGGACAUCCAGAAAUUGAGUCCAAUACCAGAAGAAGUUGUAAGGGGUGCUCUAGAAUCAGAAAAGUCAGGUCCUUGUGAAGUGGCUGAAACUCCUCUCCCACUCGAGAUGACUGGGGCCGAGGAGAAACAGACCUCAGAAAAAAAGGAUGUAGACUGUAGUAGAGGUUCAAGUGAAAGUCAGCCCCUUGAAAAUGCAAGCCCAGAAAUUCUAAAAGAGGAUUCUGAGUCCUCGAGGGUAGAAAUGGCCAAACUGGACAAUGCCCAGACUUCUGGCGUGGAGGAUACUUCUGAAACAAAGGGCUCUGUGCAAAAAAACAAAUUUAAAUAUAAGUUAGUUUCUGAAAGAAACAGUACUGCUUCAGAAAAUACAGAGCUCACCUCUGAAAGGAAGAAGGAAGGCAUCAAGUUGACAAUUAGGAUAUCAAGUCGGAAGAAGAAGCCAGAUUGCCCCCCACAGAUUGUAGACUCAGAAAGCAAGGAAGAAAAGGCGGGGAAGGAAGAAGAGAAAACAAGUGUGGGUCGAACUUUAAGAAGGUCUCCAAGAAUAUCUAGGCCCACGGCAAAAGUUGCUGAGAUCAGAGUCCAGAAAGCUGAUAAGAAAAGAGCUGACGGAGAAGAUGGAGUGGAAGGGGAGCCGGCAUCUUUGCAAACAGCAGACAAGAAGGAACACUUGAAGAAAGCAGAGAAGGAUACAAAUUCUAAAGCAAGCAAGGUAAAACCCAAAGGAAAAGUUCGAUGGACUGGCUCUCGGACACGUGGCAGGUGGAAAUACUCCAGCAAUGACGAAAGUGAAGGGUCCGAGAGUGACAAGUCCUCUGCAGCCUUGGAAGAGGAGGAAGGAAAGGAAGGUGAAGAAGCAGUCCUUCCAGAUGAUGAUGAACCUUGCAAAAAGUGUGGCCUUCCGAACCAUCCAGAACUAAUUCUUCUGUGUGACUCUUGCGACAGUGGAUACCAUACUGCCUGCCUCCGCCCUCCGCUGAUGAUUAUCCCUGAUGGAGAAUGGUUCUGCCCUCCUUGCCAACAUAAACUACUGUGUGAAAAAUUAGAAGAACAGUUGCAAGAUUUGGAUGUUGCCUUAAAGAAGAAAGAGCGUGCAGAGCGAAGGAAAGAACGUUUGGUGUAUGUUGGUAUCAGUAUUGAAAACAUCAUUCCUCCACAAGAGCCUGAGUUUUCUGAAGAUCAAGAAGAAAAGAAAAAAGAUGCAAAAAAAUCCAAAGCAAAUGCGCUUGAAAGGAGAUCAACAAGAACAAGGAAGUGUAUUAGCUACAGAUUUGAUGAAUUUGAUGAAGCAAUUGAUGAAGCUAUAGAAGAUGAUAUUAAAGAGGCUGAUGGAGGAGGAGUUGGCCGGGGAAAAGAUAUCUCCACCAUCACAGGUCACCGUGGGAAAGACAUUUCUACUAUUUUGGAUGAAGAAAGAAAGGAAAAUAAACGGCCCCAGAGGGCAGCUGCUGCUCGCAGGAAGAAACGCCGGCGACUUAAUGAUCUUGACAGUGAUAGCAACCUAGAUGAAGAAGAGAGCGAGGAUGAAUUCAAGAUCAGUGACGGAUCUCAGGAUGAGUUUGUUGUGUCUGAUGAAAAUCAAGAUGAAAGUGAAGAAGAGCCACCAUCCAAUGAGGACAGCGACACUGACUUCUGCAGCCGAAGACUGAGGCGGCAUCCUUCUCGGCCAAUGAGGCAAAGCAGGCGUUUGCGGAGAAAGACCCCAAAGAAGAAGUACUCCGAUGACGAUGAGGAGGAGGAAGAAUCCGAGGAGAACAGCAGAGACUCUGAAAGUGACUUUAGCGAUGAUUUUAGUGAUGAUUUUGUAGAAACCCGGCGAAGGCGAUCAAGAAGGAACCAGAAAAGACAAAUUAACUAUAAAGAAGAUUCAGAAAGUGAUGGUUCCCAGAAAAGUCUAAGACGGGGUAAAGAAAUCAGGCGAGUUCACAAGCGCAGACUUUCCAGCUCGGAGAGUGAAGAGAGCUAUAUGUCCAAGAACUCUGAAGAUGAUGAGCUAACAAAAGAAUCAAAGCGAUCUGUUCGAAAACGGGGCCGAAGCACAGAUGAAUAUUCAGAAGCAGAUGAGGAUGAUGAAGAGGAAGGCAAACCAUCCCGCAAGCGGCUACACCGGAUUGAGACGGACGAGGAGAGCUGUGACAAUGCUCAUGGGGACGCAGACCAGCCUGCCUGUGACAGCCAGCCCAGUGCCCUGCCCUCAGAGCAAGAGAGCAGCAAGAAGCCCUACCGGAUAGAAAGUGAUGAGGAAGAGGACUUUGAAAACGUGGGCAAAGUAGGGAGCCCAUUGGACUACAGCCUAGUAGACUUGCCUUCCACCAAUGGACAGAGUCCUGGCAAGGCCAUUGAGAACUUGAUGGGCAAAGCAACUGAAAAGUCCCAAACCCCCAAGGACAAUGGCACAGCCAGUGCAAGUCUCGCCCCCAAUGGGACAAGUGGUGGACAGGAGGUGGGGGCACCAGAGGAAGAUGAAGAUGAGCUUUUGAGGGUGACUGAUCUUGUUGAUUACGUCUGUAACAGUGAACAGUUAUAAGACUUCUUUCCAUUCUUGUGCUAAUUUAUUCCACGGUAGCUCUCACACCAGCGGGCCAGUUAGUAAAGCUGUUUAAUUUUUUCCUAGAAAACUCCACUACAGAACGACUUUUUAGAAGAAAAAUUUCAACAAAUCUUGAAGUCUUUCUGGGAAGUGACCAGUUUUGAACUUUGAAGAUUAAUAAUUGCUGUAAAUUCCUUUUGAUUUUCUUUUUCCAAGUUCAUGGUCCUUGGUAAUUUCAUUCAUGGGAAAAAAAAUCUUAUUAUAAUAACAACAAAGAUUUGUAUAUUUUUGACUUUAUAUUUCCUGAGCUCUCCUGACUUUGUGAAAAGGGUGGAUAUGAAUGCAUUCCAAAUCUGUGAGGGCCCAAAACAGAAUUUAGGGUGGGAGAAAGCACUUGUGCUUUAGCUUUUCAUAUUAAAUAUAUAUUAUAUUUAAACAUUCAUGGCAUAGAUGAUGAUUAACGAACUGUUUAAAAGUUCAUGUCUGUACUGUUGCAGUUUGAGUAUUGUAGAUAACAUCACACAAACAUCACUUAGUAAUAGCUUUUGUGACAUCAAUUGGUUUACUUUUGGAGUUACCACACUUUAAAUAAAAAAAAGACCCUGGAAGCACCAUCAUAAAAACAUUUUAACCUAAGUUUCUGUUAUAGCAGAGUUUCUUGUUAUAAAAAAAAAA